GAAUUCUCAAUAAGGGCACUCAAACAGAGAUAUCCCGCUGAUCAAGUUAUAAGAUAUCGAGUCUCUUGGCUUUGAACAUUCACCGAUUCAUACUCUCUUAACUACGUUCGAGUACUUCAAACGAUAAUUUCUUAUCAUCCUUUCACAACUUUACACGAUUGUGCCUGGAGGAUAGGUAGUGUACCAAGUGUAGGACACAGUAAAGACGUCGUGUAACUCCGAGUUAUCCGUGAUGCAACUGUCUGGAUCAGGUAACCUGUUUUAUGGUAGACAGUGUGCUCAGGGGCAGAAUAUGAUGUAUUCAACAUACACUAAUGAUUUUCAUCUGACAAAUAUGAACAAUUGGAAUGGCAAAGUCGAGAAUCAAACAUCAAAUCAAGCCUCGAAUCAAUAUCUAGUUGAGACCAAGAGUGGUAUGUCUGCUCCGUUCCACAGCUCUGCUAUGACCGCGCAGACAAACUCAACCUUCAAUACUGGCGACGGCUACGGUGGCGUGCGUGCAUUAAAUUAUAACAAUAACAUGAAUGAUAACUCAAGAUUUUAUCAUGGAAGUGAAGAACAUCUGUCGGCGCAGAGAUGUAAUCAAACAACAGUCAGCCAUAUUGAAAAUAAUCCCAGUACAAAACUUUUCAAUCCUUUCUCGUUAAAUCCUGAGAUGUCGGGAACCUCGUGCUCCACUGAUGAUCGUGGUAUCUCAAGCACGCCGAAUCAAGCAGGAGCGUACAACUAUUCAACGCCUAACUCCGCUCAUUCAAGGAGUUCAAGUUUCAUUCAAGGAAAUAAUAAUCUUCAAGGUAAUGAAUUACGCGGCAAUAAUCAAGCGGGAAUGAAAAACGCAGCAAGAUUGCGCAGUUUGUCAAAUUCCUCCGUGUUGCCUGAUUUACCACCUCUAAACUUAACCAGCAUUAAAACACCGAACACAAACAACUUCCAAACAACAUUUGAAAACCUACGAUCCCCUUACCAGGACCCUGCUCACGAAUUUACUCAAAACGCGAUCAUUCGAUCGAUGCAGCAAACUCCCCAAACUCCGACUCCCCAAACUCCGACUAACCAUUAUUCGGAUUAUUUCAAAAGCCAAAAACUGGCGGAGAAAAUAGUCCCACCUGUCGUCAAAGUUGAGGUAGGAUUAGACAGACCAAUACCUGCAAAAAGAAAUCCUAGCUUGAAAUUAGAAAAAUCUUCUAAAGUAUUAACUGAGCAUAGUAAGAGUCACGGCUAUAAUAAUAACCCAUUCACAAAUGACAAUCGUUUCACCAACAAUUGGAUUGGACAGAAAAGUGAAUCACAACGCAUUAUGGAAGAACAUAUUUCUGCAAUCACCGAGACUAGGAAGUGGCAGAGUAAUUUUCAUCCCGAAAAUAACGUUCCUGAAGGAAAACCCGCGCAGGAAAAUGAGCAGAUUUGUAAAUGUGAUUGGACAAACUGUGGUAUAAUCUUUCACGAACAAGAUGAUCUAGUAAGACAUAUUGAGAAAGUUCAUAUAGAUCAAAGAAAAGCAGACGAUUCUUUUGUUUGUUACUGGGAAAAUUGUGUUCGAAAGCAGAAACCAUUUAAUGCAAGAUACAAGUUGGUCAUUCAUAUGAGAGUUCAUAGCGGAGAACGUCCCAAUCGUUGCACGUUUCUUGGAUGUAAUAAAGCAUUUUCAAGACUGGAGAAUUUGAAAAUACAUCUUCGCUCCCACACUGGAGAGAAACCAUAUUUAUGUACAUACAGAGGUUGUCCUAAAGCUUUUUCAAAUUCGUCAGACAGAGCGAAACAUCAGAGGACACACAUUGAUACGAAACCUUACGCCUGCCAAUUUCCUGGUUGUCCUAAACGAUACACUGACCCAAGUUCAUUAAGGAAGCAUGUUAAGCAACACAACGACAAGACCAGACAACCUGGCAAGAGAGGAGGCAGAAAAGGACGCGGCAAAACUGCAAAGAAUAAGAAAGAACUGUUGGCAGCUGGAGUGACAUUUAAUACCCCGAUGACUUCAUUACCAGCAUUUCUAGAAAGCAGCACACGCUUUCUGGAAAACACAACCGAAUCUUCUGUUUAUCCAGCUGACAUUGUUGGUUUUUCUUCAAGCGAACCUUUAAAUUUCAAUGAUGUCAGUACAAGAGACAGUGAUUUAGUAAUUCCAACAUUUGUUGAUACAUUAAAGCCAGUUUUAUCAAGUACCUAAAUAUUUUAAUACAAAAUAUAUCGAAGUAUUAAUGUUGACAAAAUAUUUUAAAAUAUGCACCAUAAAGGGAUAUUAUGUUUGGGGGGAUUUAUAUACAUUUUUAGCAGUUUGUUGUAUCUACGGGGACAGUCUGCGUUUUCGUACACGUUAGUAGAUUCUUAUUAUGACUAGGUAUAUAC